UCUGUGGAGAACCUUCCGGCUGUGUUUGGUGGGAACAUUAAAGCACAGACAGCAGCUAAGACGGUAUUUGACCUGGCUCAUCGCCAUGGUAACAUCCUGAGAGAGGGAUGGAAGAACAUCAUGGACUCCAUGCUGCAGCUGUUCAGAGCCGAGCUCCUGCCCAAAGCCAUGGUGGAGGUUGAAGAUUUCCUCGAACCAAACGGAAAGAUUUCUCUUCAACGAGAGGAGACGCCUUCAAAUCGCGGUGAGUCUGCAGUGCUGAGUUUUGUGAACUGGUUAACUCUGAGCGGAGCAGAACAGUCUGGACUCAGGGGUCCGUCCACAGAGAACCAGGAGACCAAGCAGGCGGCCAUCCUCUGCAUCAAGGUAGUGGACACAUGUUUACAAAACACCAU